CGCUUUAACGACUCCAACCCGUAAUGCGUCCUGUUGUCAGUUUGGCUCUUUUAUUCUACGGAUAUGAAAAUCAUCACCUUAACGCUUCCUAAAUGGUUCAUGGAAAGCAUCAUCACACGUGUUGCAAUAUACGGUGCACUCUUCACUGAGUCAAUGUCAUCUCCCACUAUUCUGUUCUCACCUGUUGGCAGCUGUGGUGGUGUUGGCACUGCUGCUCCCAUUGCCCAUUUUGCCGUCUCACUGGCUGGAAAUAGCCUCAGCAUGGAACCACUUCACUGCCUGAGGCCAAUUGACACACCUGUCCAGGUGAGCGACAGAUCUGCCAUCCAGUCCCCCUGUCCACUGGCAGAGAGCCUGGCUGUCAGUCAGUAUUAUUGGCUGCUUCGUCCUAUGGGCCUGAGUGGAAAACAGCCACGGAGAAAAAGAGGCAGGUGUGCCCUUUAAGAGGGGGAGCAGCUGAGGCAAGGACGGCAUCCGAGUCUCCAUCCUCUGUGGAGGAUUUGCUGGUUUGAAGAGUGCGAAGAAGAGAGGCGGUCAGACGAAGCUCUCCGGAUUUCUGUUCUCGUUCCUUCCACCUGGAAAAAGGCUGCAAUGGUCGGCAGUAUUCAAAGGUUUAAACCUGUCUGAGUGAGCCCUAUGAACAGCAGACCCAAUGGACAUCAAAGGCCAGUGUUGGACAGACGAGGAGUCGGACGGGGAGAACGAGUCGGAACAGUUCCUGUAUGGCAUUCAGGGGAGCUGCGCUGCUGACCUGUACCGCCACCCUCAACUGGAUGCAGAUAUUGAGGCAGUGAAAGACAUCUACACUGACAGUGCUGUCUCUGUGAGGGAGUAUGGAACCAUUGAUGACGUGGACAUCGAUCUUCACAUUAACAUUGGCUUCUUAGAUGAGGAGGUUGCGACAGCUUGGAAAGUUAUCAGAACAGAGCCCAUUAUUCUGAGACUGCGCUUUUCUCUUUCUCAGUACCUCGAUGGACCUGAGCCAUCAGUCGAAGUGUUCCAGCCCUCCAAUAAAGAAGGGUUCAGCCUCGGUCUGCAGCUCAAAAAGAUCCUGAGCACGUUCACCUCACAGCAGUGGAAGCACCUCAGUAAUGAGUUCCUCAAGGCCCAGCAGGAGAAGAGGCACAGCUGGUUCAAAGCCGGAGGAACCAUCAAGAAGUUCCGUGCCGGGCUCAGCAUCUUCUCCCCCAUACCCAAGUCUCCAAGUUUCCCUCUGAUCCAAGACACAGUUUUGAAAGGGAAGCUGAGUGUCCCUGAGCUGAGGGUGACCCGCCUGAUGAACCGCUCCAUCUCAUGCACCAUGAAGAACCCCAAAGGGGAGCUCUUCAGCUACCCCCCCAACAGCCAGACUGUGGCUGUCCCGGCGGCCAGGGCCCCUGCGCAGAUUACCACGAGGCAGCUGAUUGAAUUGUUUUUCUCAUCCCAGGCGGGCGGCCACUGCAAGAACAUCCCUACCUUGGAGUAUGGCUUCUUAGUGCAGAUAAUGAAGUACUCAGAGCAGAGGAUCCCCACGCUCAACGAGUACUGCGUGGUGUGUGACGAGCAGCACGUCUUUCAGAACGGAUCCAUGCUGAAGCCGGCUGUGUGCACCAGGGAGCUGUGUGUGUUCUCCUUCUACACUCUGGGUGUGAUGUCCGGAGCUGCAGAGGAAGUGGCAACAGGAGCAGAGGUGGUGGACCUACUUGUGGCUAUGUGUCGAGCUGCACUUGAAUCCCCUCGUAAGAGCAUCAUCUUCGAGCCGUACCCAUCAGUCGUUGACCCCAACGACCCCAAGACUCUGGCCUUCAACCCAAAGAAGAAGAAUUAUGAGAGACUGCAGAAAGCAUUGGACAGCGUCAUGUCCAUCCGGGAAAUGACACAGGGCUCAUAUCUAGAGAUCAAGAAACAGAUGGACAAACUUGACCCCUUGGCCCAUCCCCUGCUACAGUGGAUUAUUUCCAGUAACCGGUCUCAUAUUGUCAAGCUGCCUCUGAGUAGGCAACUGAAAUUCAUGCACACCUCCCACCAGUUCCUGCUGCUCAGCAGCCCCCCGGCCAAGGAGGCUCGUUUUCGCACUGCCAAGAAGCUUUAUGGCAGCACCUUCGCCUUCCAUGGUUCCCAUAUAGAGAACUGGCACUCUGUUCUGAGAAAUGGACUAGUCAAUGCCUCUUAUACCAAACUGCAGCUGCAUGGGGCAGCGUAUGGAAAGGGCAUCUAUCUGAGCCCCAUCUCCAGCAUUUCUUUUGGAUACUCAGGGAUGGGGAAAGGACAGCACCGCAUGCCCACCAAAGAUGAACUGGUGCAGCGCUACAACCGCAUGAACACCAUACCACAGAGCCGUCCAAUACAAUCGAGGUUUCUUCAGAGUCGGAAUCUGAACUGCAUCGCUCUGUGUGAAGUUAUCACGUCUAAGGAUCUGCAGAAACAUGGGAACAUCUGGGUGUGUCCAGUGUCCGACCACGUCUGUACACGCUUCUUUUUUGUGUAUGAGGAUGGCCAAGUAGGAGAUGCCAACAUCAACACCCAGGAGCCUAAGGUGCAGAAGGAGAUCAUGCGUGUGAUUGGGACCCAGAUCUACUCCAGCUAAUGGUGGUUGUCCAUUUGUAUUUCUGGGGGUUGGGGGGGAUCACAGGCAGGCAGCAAGUGUUUGGGCGGGCUGACCUCAGGCCUGAUGCUAACGGCCGAGCUAGCUCUUGAACACAUUAUCUCUAAAGUCGUUUUGUCCUGGUCGUCUCGUUUUCCUCUCCCUUCUUUGUUCCUCUUCUCCGAGUGGCUUUGUUUUACAUUCUCAUUUGACCUUCAGUUUGGUCUGCUUUUCUGAGUUUUGUGUCAGUUACAACUGCAACACAUCGAUGAAGAAAAAAGGCUAGUAGUCACUUCUAAGUCUCUCCACACUUUAUCCUAACUUGUUGCACUUUCACUGAUCCUUCUGACUAAUUUAUGUAUCAUUAUCCUUUGUGAAUAUCUAGUAAAAAAGGAAAGAAAAAAGAAUCACUACAAACAAAUAAUGUGUUCCCCUUUUGGCAAAUAAGUGAUGGAUUUACAUGCAUAUAGAAGUUUGUUCCCUUAUUGUGUUUGCAAAAGGCAUUAUCUGCGAUCCGUUUGUUUAAUAUUCUUUGACUAAUGACAUGAAUUAAGGUCUGUGACAUAGUUAUCUGGGGGGGCAAGCACUUCUCUGUCGUUUUGUCCUUGUCUGCUCCCAGAAUCCAAUAAGCGAGGUGUGGCUUGAAAUCGAGUUAGAUACACUGAAGGCACUUUGUUUUUGAUAACAUUAUCAAAUGUAAAAAUCCAGACAUUAACAGUAUUAUGAUUUUCUUCAAUGAUUGAUGCACUUUCAAAACCUCACAGCCCCAAAACAUCCAACAAACAGGAUAUUAAAAAAAAAAAAUCUCACUGGACAUAAGCGUGAAAUGGCCGGCUGAACAACAUCGUGAAAUCUAACUCUGGAUUUAAUAGGACAUGUCAUAUCUGUUGCCUAUGUUCUGUGUUGAAAAAUGACAAUAAUCUGUCAGGCGCCGUCAUCACCUUUCCUCCGUGUGGUGCAUAUCUCAUUUCGAAAUGAAUCUCUUUGUGUAUGAACUACACUUUCCAUUGGAGUCAUGACUAACGAAAUCCAAUGUACAGAAAAAUCAUGGACAAUUUUACCAAAAUAUCUACAUCCAGUCCAGGUGAGCUCACAACCUCACUGGGCCUCUACCUGAAGGACACUGGAUGGAAAAAGGCAACCUUGUAUAGCUAAUCAAGUUUAUCAGUUAGUCAUGUACUGUAUGUAUGUAUGUGUGUAUGUGUGUAUGUAUGUAUGUAUGUAUGUAUGUAUGUAUGUAUGUAUGUAUGUAUGUAUGUAUGUACUGUAUGUAUGUACUGUAUGUAUGUAUGUAUGUAUGUAUGUAUGUAUGUAUGUAUGUAUGUAUGUAUGUAUGUAUGUAUGUAUGUAUGUAUGUAUGUAUGUAUGUAUG